AUGCUAAUAUUCUACAUAGGAUUCGCAUUUAUUGGGCUUCUAGUUUUGCUCACAUCAUUGAUUAUCCUUCAUAUCCUCAUUGCGCCUUAUACUAAAGUCGAGGAGUCUUUCCAUAUCCAAGCUGUUCAUGACAUCUUGACCCAUGGCUUUCCCGUUACUGAACUUGGCACUGAACGCGCCAAUUAUGACCACUUUGCCUUUCCUGGCGCAGUACCCAGGACGGCUGUUGGCGCAGCGGUACUCGCUAAGGCGUCGCAGCUGGUAAUUGCGGUGGACGGGCGAAUCGACCGCCAAUUCCUAGCUCGAGCGAUUCUGGGCUUAUACAAUGCCAUUGCAUUAUCUACAUUUGCAUAUGGUCUCCGCCGCAGCUUCGGCCAGACCGUAGCUAUAUGGUACUUGCUCUUCCAGAGCAGCCAGUUCCAUCUGAUCUAUUAUGCUUCACGGCCGCUAUCAAACAUGUUCGCAUUUGGUCUGACGACUCUAUCUAUGCGCUAUUUGCUUCCGGAUAAAGUGGGCAGCUCUAGUUCCCAAGCGCAAGGUGCAUACCGUCUAUCACUAUGCCUCCUCACUAUCGCGGGCGUCAUCUUCCGCUCCGAGCUGGCAGUCCUAGUCGCAACGCAGACACUGUUCCUACUACUCUCUGGCCGUAUCAAUCUGUUCAAAACUGCCAUUCCUGCAGGCCUUCUCGGCCUUAUCAUCGGCCUUCUCACUACAGUAUCAGUCGACUCGCUUUUCUGGCAACGCACCCCGCUCUGGCCUGAGCUUGAGGCAUUCAUCUUCAAUGUUGUUCACGGCCAGUCCUCGGCCUGGGGCACAGAGCCAUGGUUUUUCUAUUUCCUUAACGCCCUGCCCCGUCUUCUACUCAACCCCCUAACCUAUCUCCUCGCUAUUCCUGUUGCGCUUCGCCAACCAGCAACACGCAACUCGGCGCUCUCACUACUUUUACCGUCCUUAUCUUUUACAGCGCUGUAUAGUUUCCAACCGCACAAAGAAUGGCGCUUUAUCCUCUACAUCAUUCCAUCUUUGACAGCUGCUGCUGCUCUUGGCGCCGGAUACCUCUGGACACACCGAUCGCGCUCGUUUAUCGCUCGCAAUGCCUCCCGUCUUCUGAUUCUGUCUACAAUCGCAUCUUUCCUGCUUUCUAAUCUUGUUCUUCUUCCCGCAUCCGCGGCGAAUUAUCCUGGUGCGAUGGCGUUGAAUGCUUUACAUAGCUACCAAGACGGGGAGACGAGUUCUGUCAAGGAUAUCCAUGUUUACCUUGGUAAUCUUGUUUGUCAAACGGGUGUUACACGUUUCUUGCAACGACCGAGCACUGCUGAUGAACGUUGGACAUACGAUAAGACUGAAGACGAGGUGAUUAAGUCGACGGCUUCUUUCUGGGAGAAAUUCGAGUAUGCUCUUCUUGAGGCUUCGGCGGAGCCUGCAUACCUGGAUAUGGAUGAGACGCGUCUUCGUGACGCACUGCCUGCUUCGCAGUGGGAGACUGUUGAAGUCAUUGAGGGCUUUUCGGGGGUUUCCAUUCUUAGACGUGGGGAACCGGCCGUGGGAAGCGCCGAGCGGUGGGUUUUGUCUUUGGUUGGUGGAGAUCAUGCUAUCGAGUUAUUUGAACAUGUGCGUGAGAUGGCAAGGAAGCUUGUGCUUAAGGGUUGGUGGGUUGAGUUGAAGAUGAGGCCGAGGGUGAAGAUUUUGAGGCGGUUGAAAGAUGCUACAGACAUUUGA